ACAAGGAAGGGAAAAUAAACAGACAUGGCAGACAGUGUAUUGAGUUUCCUGUUGGAGAACCUGACUCAGUUGUUCAUUCAAGAAUCAAAAUUACUAGGUGGAGUGGAGGAUCAAGUCAGGAUACUCAAGAACGAGCUGUCUCUGAUCAACCUCUUCCUCCUAAAUAGUGAAGGGAAACGACACGACAAGUUGGUGAAGGAGGUAGUCAGCCAAAUUAGGGACGUAGCCUAUGACGCUGAGGAUGUUAUUGAUACAUACGUCAUGACAGAGACAAAGCGCAGGAAAAGAAGCAAGAUGAAGAAGGCAAUCCAUUACUUUGACCGAGCAAGCGCACUUCACGAGGUUGCAAAAGAGAUAGAGAGAAUCAAGAAUGUCAUCAAGGAAAUUUACGAGAAUAAGAACAAGUAUGGCAUAGAAAUAGCUGAAUCAUCUGGAGGAGAUGCCGAAGCGGAGGAGAUACUGCACAGGCGCAGGAGAGAUGUUGAGGAAGAUCAUGUGGUGGGCUUUGAUCAUGACGCACAGGAAUUGGUGAACCAACUUAUUGAAGGGAGUUCGCAACUUAACGUUGUUUCAAUCAUUGGCAUGGGUGGCUUAGGUAAGACCACUCUUGCUAGGAAGAUCUACAAUAACAACGAUGUCAAGAAUUACUUUGAUUUCCGUGCGUGGGUGUAUGUCUCUGAAGAAUAUAAAAUCAGAGAGCUGUUGCUUGAAAUGUUGAAGGGACUGACACCACCGCCAAAAAAUGGAGUAAAAUUGAAAGAUAUGACUGAGGAUGAAUUGAAAAGUGAGCUGUUUGAAGUCUUGAAAGAGAAGAGAUACAUACUUGUCAUGGAUGACAUCUGGAAUACUGAGGUAUGGAAUGAGGUAAGUUCUAGCUUUCCUAAUAACUCGAAUGGAUGUAGAAUAUUGACCACUAGCCGAAUAAAAGAAGUAGCAGUACAUUUAAGUAGUCUUAAUAGUAGUAAUCCUAUUCCCCCUUAUGAACUCCCAUUUCUUAAUGAAGAUAAAAGUUGGGAACUCUUCUCAAAGAAGGUGUUCCGGGUAGCUAUAUGUCCUCCAGAACUUGAUACUCUAGGGAGAAAAAUUGUGAAAAGUUGCCAUGGUUUACCUCUUGCAAUUGUGGUAUUGGGGGGUCUUUUGGCGAAUAAGGAGAAAACACAUCGAACAUGGUCGAAAUAUAUUGGCCAUGUCAAUUCAUAUCUGACUGAGGAUAGAACAAGUUGCAUAGACAUAUUAGCUCUAAGCUAUAACCACUUACCCCGACGGUUGAAACCAUGCUUUCUAUAUUUUGGUAUCUAUCCAGAAGACUUUGAGAUACCAGUGAGGCAACUAAUCCGACUUUGGAUAGCCGAGGGAUUCAUACGGCAAAUUGGGAAUAGAAAUAUUAAGGAUGUUGCUGAAGACUACUUGGAGGAACUUAUUGAUCGGAGCUUGAUUCAAGUAGCAAAAAGAAGGCUAGAUGGAGGAUUCAAAACAUGUCGUAUCCAUGAUCUUUUACGAGACCUCUGUAUAUCCGAAAGUGCUGAAGAGAAGUUUCUUGAGGUUCGUUCAGAUGUUAACCUCUCACCCAUGAGCAAACGCAGAAGAAUUUCCAUCCACUUUGCCAACCACCCAUACGUUUCUUCCAACCCAUGUGAGCCUUCAAAUAAUCGUUCUGUAAUAGGCUUUGGAGGGGUUGUCGGGGUUGAGAGUCCUCUUGACAAAGGCUAUGACUUGAAAUGGCUUUGUGAAAAUAACAAGUUGGUUCGGGUUGUAGAGCUCAGUAAUAUGGACAUUUGUUGCUUAAUCCCUAAAGAGAUUGAAAACCUUGAUCUUUUGAGGUACUUGAGCAUUUCAUCUGGUGCACGUCAUGUCAUUCCAGCAGAUUCCAUAUGCAACCUUUGGAAUCUUGAGACGUUGGAUAUGAGAAAUUCGAAAAUUGAAUGCUUGCCCAAGGGGAUAUGGAAGUUACAAAAAUUAAGACAUUUUUACUUGGAUGGGCCAACAUCUCUACCUAUAACCGACAAUGAAGCGGCUUUACCCAAUCUUCAAGUCCUUACUGGUAUAGCUUUAAAUCACAACACUGAGAGUCUCUUGGCGAAGGCCAGAUUUCCUAAUUUAAGAAAAUUAGGAUUGUAUUCUUCAAGAGAGGUAAAGUCAGGGCUUUUGUCAAGCAUCCAUCCCUUGCGUCAUCUACAGACAUUGAAGAUUUGUAAAUAUUUAAAUCUUUCAAAUCCAAGCUCACUCCAGCUGAUCCUAACAAAGAUAACCUUGCUGGAUGUGCUGGUUGUUUCUGUAUCUAUCUGGACAGUGUUGGGUAGCCUUACCAACCUUCGAAUACUCAAAGUAGUUGGAUGUGCCAAUUUCUACCUCGACUGCAAUGAAAGUAGUUUUUGUCAACUCGAAGUCUUCAAAAUGGUAAAGGUAACUGAUAUGAUAUGGAACAUGAAGAAAGGUGCAAUGCCAAGGCUUCAACGUUUGGUCAUUGAGCGUUGCAAUUUUUUUGUGAUUCCCCUGGACGAACCACGGUGCUCGAGUGCCUUGAGGGAUGUGGAAGUUUUACAUCCGGAUCCAAAAUUGGCAGACAUGCUUCAACAGUUGCAGAUGAGGGAUGGAUGUAAGCUCCAAGUCUAUCCACCUCUGGAGUCUGGACCCAUUCCCAACAACUAA